UUAGCUAUAGCAAUGGGUAUGCCUCCCAAUCAAAACCACCACUCUAAUGGCACCCUCAUCCUCCACCGCCGCCCAACACCGCCAUCAUUCUAACAUCCCUACCAUCCGCUCCACCAUCUCCUGGCUCUUCCUUUCUUUGCUCUUCCUCUACAUUGUCUACUAUUCCACCAUCCUUUUUGAACCAGCCCCUAUUGCCACCGAUUGCCAAGAUUCUGAUCACCACCGCCUUCCCACCACUGAAAACCUUCAAAGCAACACUAGCAAACCCGAAGGUGAAUUGUUAGAUACCCAACCACGAGUGCUUCGGUUUGAUACCGAACUCAAACACAUUGCUUUCGGCAUUGCUGCCUCCUCCCGACUAUGGCGGACCAGGAAAGAAUAUCUAAAACAAUGGUGGCGCCGUGGGGAGACCCGAGGGGCAGUUUGGUUAGACAAAAAAGUAAGCACCACAAAAGAUGAAAACCUACCUGACAUCCACCUCUCUGAGGAUACCUCAAAGUUUCAAUACACAAAUCCGCAUGGAGAUAGAUCAGCCAUACGAAUAUCUAGAGUGGUCUCUGAAACACUAAGAUUGGGGAUGAAGGAUGUGCGGUGGUUUGUGAUGGGAGAUGAUGACACUGUAUUUAUUGUGGAGAAUCUAGUUAGGAUUUUGUCUAAAUAUGAUCAUAAUCAAUUUCAUUAUAUUGGGACGACAUCGGAAAGUCAUUUUCAGAACAUGUUGUUUUCAUACGGAAUGGCAUUUGGUGGUGGUGGGUUUGCCAUUAGUUACCCGUUGGCUGUGGAGUUAGAGAAGAUGCAGGACCGGUGUCUUAAAAGAUAUCCUGGUUACUAUGGGAGUGACGAUAGAAUGCAUGCCUGCAUGUCUGAACUUAAUGUCCCUCUCACCAAAGAACUGGGAUUUCAUCAGUAUGACGUGCAUGGGAGUCUUUUGGGUCUAUUAUCAGCCCAUCCUGUAACUCCAUUGGUCUCACUCCACCACCUAGAUGUGGUUGACCCGAUAUUCCCGGGCAUGCCUAGAGCACAAGGCAUCAAACACUUGCUAGAAUCAGCCAAGUACGAUUCUGCUAGUAUUAUACAACAGUCCAUCUGCUAUGACAAAGAAAGGGAAUGGUCCAUUUUGGUCUCAUGGGGAUUUGCAAUCCAAAUUGUACGGGGAAUCCUGUCUCCAAGAGAACUUGAGAUACCCACACGCACCUUUCUAAACUGGUACAAAAGGCUCGAUUAUACAGCAUAUUCAUUUAACACUAGGCCUGUAACCAGGAACCCAUGCCAGAAGCCUUUUGUGUACUACAUGAGUUCAACUAGGUAUGACAAAGCUAGGAGAAAGAUCAUUGGGAUUUAUACUCUUCAUAAAGAACGCUACCCUUUUUGCAAAUGGAAGAUGGAAUCUCCAGAGAUAAUUGAUACAAUUGUGGUCCUAAAGAAGGAAGAUAGUAGUCGUUGGACAAAGGCACCAAGAAAGGAUUGCUGUAGGGUCUUGCCAGCUAAUAAGAAGGGAAUUCUAUACUUGUGGGUUGGUAAUUGUCGAGUAAAUGAGGUUAUCGAGUUAUAGUUUACUAGAAGGGUGGCUAGAUUCUCAUUGAUGUUUA